UCCUGACUGCUUCUCCCAGUGAUCAAACAAGCACAACAGUAAUAUUUUGCACGACCACUCGUUGCACUUGUCGAAUAAAUUUGUCAGGUGCAAGUUAUUCAUUAUCUCACGUGAAAUAUAACCAUUUAUUUAUGUACAUAUACGUAUAAAUUCAAGUGGUGUAUAAAUAAUUUUUGUUUAAAAUCCUAAUUUUGAUUCAAUUCGUUGGAAAAGAAAAGUAAAAUAUUUUUGGGGCAUACGAAAAGUACUAAUCAAACGAUGGCGGACGACGGACAUGAGAAUGGUUCAAGUAACGGCCAAGUUCCUCAAAUUGAAUUAAUAAUCAAGGCCUCAACAAUCGAUGGAAGACGAAAAGGAGCUUGUUUGUUUUGUCAAGAAUACUUUAUGGACUUGUAUCUACUUGCUGAAUUAAAAACAAUUUCUCUAAAAGUUACUACAGUGGAUAUGCAAAAACCCCCACCUGAUUUUCGCACCAAUUUCCAAGCCACGCCCCCACCUAUUCUUAUUGAUAAUGGAGAUGCUAUCUUAGAAAAUGAAAAAAUCGAAAGGCACAUUAUGAAAAAUAUCCCUGGUGGACAUAAUCUUUUUGUACAAGAUAAGGAAGUGGCAACGCUUGUUGAAAAUUUAUUUAGCAAAUUAAAGUUACUUCUCUUAAAUGCGAAAGAAAAAGAUAAGGAUCCAAAAUCCUCAUCAUUAAUGGCACAUCUUCGCAAGAUCGAUGAACAUUUGGGCCGGAAAGGCACACGCUUUUUAACUGGAGAUACGAUGUGUUGUUUUGAUUGUGAAUUAAUGCCACGUUUACAACAUAUUAGAGUUGCAGGAAAAUACUUUGCUGAUUUUGAAAUACCUGAGUCUUUAGUUCACUUGUGGCGAUAUAUGCAUCAUAUGUAUAGGCUAGAUGCUUUUCUACAAAGUUGUCCUGCAGAUCAAGACAUUAUCAACCAUUAUAAACUUCAACAGAGCAUGAAGAUGAAAAAACACGAGGAACUUGAAACGCCGACUUUCACAACAAGUAUCCCCAUUGAGGUCAACGACGAUGAAUAAAAAAGUAAAGAAUCUACUUGAUGGAGUGUCACACAUGUCCAUAACUUUAUAGCGGACACUCUGUUAUGUACUACGUAAAUAGUUAAUAAAACUAUUAAGCCAAUUUAAAAA